AUGGACAUAGACACAGGCAUGCACCACAACAACAACCAAAACCAACACAACAACCAACACAACAACCAGCACAGCAACCACCUCCACAACCAGCACAACAACCAGCACAAACAGAGCAAGGACAUAAAAGAAGUAGAGAACAAGGAAACCAAGAAUUCUUAA